AUGAAGAAUCACUAUAUCACCUUGGGAAUAGAGAGGAAUGCUCAACAACCACAAAUUAAGGAAGCAUAUCAUAAAUUAGCAUUAAAAUGGCAUCCAGUAUGUUAUAUAAUUAAUCUAUAUUUAGGAUAAGAAUACAAACUGCAGAGCUUAGGCUAUUACACAAUUCCAAGAGAUUAAUGAGGCCUAUAACACACUAUCUCAGUCGGAAAGCAAGAAAAAGUAUGAUCACAAACUGGAAAAGCAUGAUCAUUCAUAAAAACUCAAAUAUUUUCUGGAAAAAAUUGAAGAAAUGAAUGAAGAAUUUACUUAUUUAAGUAAAGAUGAUUAAGAUACUUUGAAUAAAUUCAUCAAUAGGAUUAACAAUCAAAGUAAAAGAAUAAGGAAACAUUGA